GUCCCGCGCCCUUGGCCGGCGCUAGCCCAGCGCGCAUCUUCCGCCGCGUUCAGGCCUGGCUUUUCUCUCUUCGAGCUCUUCAUGCGGCCCCACUGAAAGGAAAAACAUGGGCACGGGGGAUUGUAUCUGCAUUUCCAUGACCGGCGGGGCGCCCUGGGGCUUCCGACUGCAAGGUGGCAAGGAGCAGAAGCUGCCCUUACAAGUUGCCAAGAUUCGAAACCAGAGCAAAGCUUCUGGGUCUGGCCUCUGUGAGGGAGAUGAAGUGGUUUCUAUCAAUGGCAACUCUUGUGCAGACCUCACCUACCCUGAAGUCAUCAAGCUCAUGGAAAGCAUAACAGACUCUCUCCAAAUGCUCAUCAAAAGACCAUCCAGUGGAAUAAGUGAGACUUUGAUCUCUGAAACUGAAAAUAAAAACCAUGAGCAUCUCACACAUGAGAGGUAUGUGGAAAGUACCACCCUGCAGAUUCGACCAGUCACAAAGACCCAGUAUAGAGAAUUCCUCAUUGCCCCAGUCAACAGUGGAGUUUCCCUAGCUGAGGACCAAAGAAGUGGUCCUGAUUGCACAGGGGGCCUGGAAGAAGAAACAGGCCCGUACUACCAAAGGGCUCCCUACAUGCCUGACUCCCAAAGAAGCCACUUAGCAGAAGAAGUUAUCAUAAGAGAGAAGGCAGCAUCAGGGCAGCUAGGCUCUGUGAUUGAGCUGCAACUGUCGCUUUCACAGGAGAGACCCAAGGGCACGAGUGGCCCUGUACUGGAUCUCCUGGGAGCUGAAAAAGCUAAGUCUCCUGACCCAGACCCUGACUUAGAACAUGAUGAGAUUGUCCACAUAAAUUCCGUCCCGACUGAUGAGCAAGCAGACCCUUCCCUGAGGUCCAGCAAAAUCAUCCAGAUCUCCAGCAGCAGAGAGCUGAGAGUGAUCCAGGGAAGGGAAGCAAGCGACGUGGGGCUGCCCCGAGUGGAAGUGAUCCUUGACUGCUCUGACAGGCAGAAGACAGAAGGGUGCCGGCUGCAGACAGGAAAGGGGUGUGUGGAUUCUCCAGUGGAAGGAGGGCAGUCAGAAGCACCUCCUUCUCUGGUAUCCUUUGCCGUCUCAUCAGAAGGCACAGAGCAGGGAGAAGAUCCACGCUCGGAAAGGGAUCACAGCAGACCUCACAAGCACCGAGCGCGGCACGCACGGCUCAGAAGGAGCGAAAGCCUGUCAGAAAAGCAAGUAAAAGAAGCAAAAUCUAAAUGCAAAAGCAUCGCCCUCCUUCUCACAGAUGCCCCCAACCCCAACUCCAAGGGGGUGUUGAUGUUUAAGAAGCGCCGUCGGAGGGCCAGGAAAUAUACCCUAGUCAGCUACGGUACUGGCGAGCUCGAGCGAGAGGCAGAAGAGGAGGAGGAAGGUGACAAGGAGGAUACAUGUGAAGUAGCGUUUCUUGGUGCAAGCGAGUCAGAGGUGGAUGAAGAGUUCUUGUCUGACGUGGAGGACAACGCACAGCUUGUGAACUUUGACUGGGAUUCUGGACUGGUGGACAUUGAAAGGAAACUGAACAGAGGGGACAAGAUGGAGAUGUUACCGGACACCACAGGCAAGGGAGCCCUCAUGUUUGCGAAGAGGAGGGAGAGGAUGGAUCAGAUCAUAGCCCAAAAAGAAGAGGAUAGGGUGGGUGGAAUGCCAAGCAGAGAACCGGACCCUGCCCAGACAGAUGGUCUGAGAACCAUGACCUCUUAUCAAAGAAAGGAAGAGGAGUCGGUGAGAAUGCAGAGCUCGGUGAGCAAAAGCUACAUGGAUGUGAGCCAUGGUCUCAGCCACGUGCCCCAGCAGAAUGGCUUCAGUGGAGUCUCGGAGACAGCGAAUGUCCAGAGGAUGGUCCCUAUGAAUCGAACGGCCAAACCUUUCCCAGGGUCUGUGAACCAGCCAGCAGCCCCCUUCUCCCCCCCCCGAAACAUGACGAGCCCCAUCGCCGACUUUCCGGCCCCUCCACCCUAUUCUGCAGUCACGCCCCCACCUGAAGCCUUCUCCAGAGGGGUCUCGAGUCCGAUCGCUGGCCCAGCACAGCCUCCGCCAUGGCCCCAGCCCGCCCCAUGGUCCCAGCCAGCCUUUUAUGAUUCGUCGGAGCGAAUAGCUUCCCGGGAUGAGAGGAUCUCCGUGCCGGCAAAGCGAACAGGAAUACUGCAGGAGGCCAAAAGGCGGAGCACCGCGAAACCCAUGUUUACUUUCAAAGAGCCCAAAGUAAGCCCAAAUCCUGAACUCUUGUCACUCCUUCAAAAUUCAGAAGGCAAGCGGGGCACUGGGGCUGGAGGGGAUUCCGGACCGGAAGAAGACUACCUCAGCUUGGGAGCAGAGGCUUGUAAUUUCAUGCAAAGUUCCUCUGCUAAACAAAAGACCCCACCUCCUGUUGCUCCCAAACCUGCAGUCAAGUCCUCAUCCUCCCAACCAGUAGCGCCAGUUUCCCCAGUCUGGUCUCCAGGAGUGGCUCCAACGCAUCCUCCUGCCUUCCCCACAGCCAACCCAUCGCAGGGCACCGUUGUCUCCUCCAUCAAAAUAGCCCAGCCUUCCUACCCUCCUGCCCGGCCCGCGAGUGCGCUGACCCUGGCUGGUCCCUUCAAAGGACCCCAGGCGGCAGUAGCCAGUCAGAAUUACACACCCAAGCCAACAGCUCCCACACCCACAGUCAACGCUGCUCAUGCUGGUGCAGUGGGACCAUCCAAUGAGCUUCCAGGAAUGAGUGGGAAGGGAGCCCAGCUCUUCGCUAAAAGGCAGUCGAGAAUGGAGAAGUAUGUGGUCGAUUCAGACACGGUGCAGGCCCACGCGGCUCGAGCUCAGUCUCCCACACCAUCCCUGCCGGCCAGUUGGAAGUACUCCUCCAAUGUCCGAGCACCUCCUCCUAUGGCCUACAAUCCUAUCCACUCCCCCUCCUACCCACUGGCGGCUGUCAAGUCUCAGCCAUCAGCCACACAGGCCUCCAAAACAGGCAAGAAAAAGGGCAAGAAACCCCUCAAUGCUUUGGAUGUCAUGAAGCACCAACCGUAUCAGCUCAACGCAUCCCUGUUUACCUUCCAACCUCCAGAUGCAAAGGAUGGCCUCCCCCAAAGAUCAUCAGUCAAGGUCAAUUCAGCCCUGGCCAUGAAGCAAGCUCUCCCACCCCGGCCUGUGAAUGCUGGCUCACCUACAAGCGUGCAGGCUUCAUCAGUGUACUCGGUACCAGCCUAUACCUCUCAGCCAUCUUUCUUUGCAGAGGCCACCUCACCCGCCACUGCAUCCCCAGUGCCUGUGGCUGUUCCCACUUCUCCAAAGCAAGAAUCGGCCUCAUCAUCUUACUUUGUGGCACCAAGGCCAAAGUUCUCAGCCAAGAAAAGUGGUAUCACAAUUCAGGAGAGUGGACGCUCCUUUUCUCUUCCUGGAAGAUCAGUCCCACCAACUGCUUCUACAUCUCCUUGGGUAUACCAGCCUGCCUAUAGUUACUCUAACAAACCAACAGAUGGGCUAGAGAAAGCAAACAGGAGACCAACUCCUUGGGAAGCAGCAGCAAAGUCUCCUCUUGGCCUAGUGGACGAUGCCUUCAGACCCAGAAACAUCCAGGAAUCCAUUGUGGCAAAUGUGGUCUCAGCAGCUCGGAGGAAGGUGUUUCCAGGACCCCCAGAAGAUUGGAAUGAGAAGUUGUCCUAUGUUCCUCAAACCCAGAAGGCUGAUAUGGGCUCAUGUGGAAGGCGAGAGUAUAAUGUCACGUCCCUAUUCAAUAAUAAUAUGUCCACCAACUCCCAAUAUGGCUCACAGUUGCCAUAUGCGUAUUAUAGGCAGUCCUCCAGAAAUGAUUCUGAAAUAAUGUCCAUGGAAACCAGGUCUGAUUACUCUUUUCCUGUAGCUGAUUAUAACUAUAACCCACACCCAAGGGGAUGGAGAUGCCAGACAUGAAAGAUAGAAGGCCUGAUUAUGUGUCAACU